AUGUCAAACAUAUCCACAAGGAGCAACUGCACCGAUCUUGUUUCUUUGUCGAACACCGAGCUAGCAAGAGUCGAGCGAGAAAACAGACGUCAAAGGCCUAUUCAAGCCAACAUGGGCAAUCAAGGCAACAAUGACAACAUGGCUGUCGAGCUACAACAGCUUCGACAACAAUUGGAGCAGCUGCAAAAGGCGCAGCAAGACAGGGAGCAGCCACAGCCUGCUAUUGGAGACAAGGACAGUCCGCACGCUUACUAUCACAACAGGGCUGCGAUUGCUCCUCCAACCAUUCAGAGGCAAGACUUUGAGAUCAAACCUCAGCUGAUCUCAUUGGUGAAGCAGCACCUCUUUCAUGGGCUUCCUGCUGAGAUUCCGAUGGACCACAUCGAGAAUUUUGAGGAGAUUUGCAGCACGACUGGAUCAAAUGGGAUACCAGCCGAUUUCUUGAAGUGCAAGCUUUUUCCAUUCUCACUUGCGGACAAAGCUUUGCGCUGGCUGAAGUCAUUACCACCUGGGUCAUUAACUACAUGGGAAGAGUGCAGAUCAGCAUUUUUGGACCAUUUCUACACUAAGGCAAAAACUGCAGCUCUGAAGAACAAGAUCUCGUCGUUUAAACAGCAACCUGGUGAAGCUUUCUGCGAAGCUUGGGAGAGGUACAAGGAGUACCGAAGAGAGUGCCUUCACCAUGGGUUCUCUGAUGAGCAGAUUCUGUCAACCUUUUAUGAUGGUGUCAAUUGGGAUUACAGGAAUGCUUUGAAUGCAGCUAGCAAUGGCGAUUUCAUGACUAAGUCCAAAGAAGCUGCUUAUGAGUUGAUUGAGAACUUAGCUGCAAGCUCCAGCAACAAAUCCCAAGAGUAUGACAGGUCUAGCAAAUCAGUUCAUAGUGUGGAGUUGAGCAAAAUCGAUGAGCUUACAGCGAAGGUGAAUCUGCUGCUGAGAGAGAACCAGAGAUCUGUGCAUUUUGCUGAUGAGGUCGGUGAUGCACCUCUUGCUCAAGAGUUUGUAGAUGCAGAGAAUAAUGAUCAGAUGGAGGUAAAUUUCGUGAAUGGACAAGGGUAUGUGCAGAAUCGCAGUUUCAACAACUUCAUAAGCCACCCGAAUUUAUCCUACAGAAGCAACAAUGUUGAGAACCCUCAGGAUCAGGUCUAUCCGCAGCAAGGAGUGCAGAAUCAGUCAGGAUUUCAGAAGAACUUCUCCAGCAACUUCCAAGGAAAGCAGUUCAUCACCAAUCAGAAUCGAUUUCAAGGUGGAAAUCAGCAGAAGUUGCCUUUCACAAGUCUACAGCCUUCUUCGAGUUCCUCAAAUAACUCGCAGGAUGAGCUGAAAAACUUGAUGCAACAGCUGCUGGUUAAUCAGCAAAAGUCUUCCAUGGAGAUUAAUGCCAAAGUGGACACCAUGUACAAUGAUUUGAAUGGCAAGUAUGAGGCUGUGUGGACUCAUGUGAAGAAGCUGGAUGUUCAGGUAGCUCAGACUGUAGAAGCUGUGAAGAGAUCACCUGGAACUCUCCCUGGAAAAGGUGAAAACCCCAGGAAUGAGUUUGUGAAUGCUAUUGAGCUUAGAAGUGGGAAGACUCUACAUGCUGCACCAACAAGCUCUGUCUCAGAAAAGAGGAAGGAAAAGGACGUGGAGCACCUGCUCCAAGAAGAGGAACCAGCUCAUGACGUAAAAAAGACGAAGGAGCACUCUUCCUCCAUCGGAGCACCUGCUCCAAAAUCUGGAGCACCUGCUCCAGACGUAGAUUUGACGAGGGAGCACCCUGAGCCAACGAGGGAGCACCUGCUCCAGCCCCCUGCUCCAGCAAACAUUCCUGCAAGAGUUUACACGCCUAAGGUACCUUACCCAGUUCCACCAAAGAAGUCUCGCAAGGACUUAGAGGAUGCAAAGUGCAGGGAGAUGCUGAAGGAUUUGACUGUAAAACUCCCUCUAGCUGAUGCUGUUCAGAUGAUACCAGCCCUUAAAAGAUACAUGAAGGGGUUAGUGUCUGGGAAAGCUGUUGAGGAAGAGAGUGUCAUGAUGGUUUCGAAGGAGUGCAGUGCUGUGCUUCAGAACAAAGUGCUGAAGAAGAGAAGUGAUCCAGGAAGGUUUGUUCUCUCAGUCAGGAUUGGGAAUGUACUGUUUGCAAGGUCUCUCUGCGAUCUGGGUUCAAGUGUGAAUCUGAUGCCUUACUCUGUAGCCAAGCGAUUGGGUUACACCAGAUUCAAACCGACGAAAAUCUCGCUGGUAUUCGCUGAUAGAUCAACCAAAUUCCCUGUUGGUAUACUCGAGGAUCUGCAUGUUCAGAUAGGUGAUACACUCAUUCCAGCAGAUUUUGUGGUUCUGGAGCUUGAUGAAGAACCCAAGGAUCCUUUGAUAUUGGGUCGAUCCUUCUUAUGCACAGCUGGUGCAAUCAUAGAUGUGAAAGGAGGAGUGAUAGAUCUCCAGCUGGGAGAUAUGGUGGUGCGAUUUGAGAUGAAUAAACUCUUCAAGAAACCAAUGCUGGACGGACAGACAUUUGUCAUAGAUGAUGGUUCAGGCAUUGCUGAAGAGGUUGCUGAAGAGGUUUUGGCCAUCGAUCCUCUGGAAGUUGCACUCACCUAA